UGUUUGGUAGUUGGUUAGCUACUCGACUUGUCAUUAGGAGAGAUUACUUGACUGUCCCGCUUAGGUCUUUUUCUUGUUCAUAAUCUUUUCCCUUCCUGCUCGUAUCUCUGUAAGGGCGCUUCCGGGUCGCGUGGCUUAGACAUUGCGAGUCAUGUGAUCCGAAGAUGGCGGCGCCGCGGUAGCUGCCUCCAGGUUGUGGCGUCCGAGGAACCGCGACGGUUUUUGCCCUCGGGCCGAGGAGGUGGCACGCUUUGCUGGCCCCUGAGGCGACCCGUAGUCCCCGCGUUAGGCACCGGUUCGGGCCCGGGGCUGUUGCUAAAGCGGUGGCUUCGGGACAGUGCCGGUGACCUCGCUGCAGGUGCUUUGCGGCGGCCGCGGUCACCAGAGAAGGAAAGGUACAACCGGCCUCCCUGGUUCUCUCGACCUACGAACUUCGAGAGGGGUCAGAAGGAACUGAAGAGGCUACGGGAGUUCGAGUCUUUGAAGGUGGGAGAGACAGUCUAGUUCUCCGAGGGCUCAGAAAAGAGAUCACAAGGACUUAAGCUUCUUCCUCCCAAGGCCUAGCUUCCUUCCAUCGAUUGCUCCCUCAUCCUAUCCCAUUUCCUCUCAAUGUUCUUUCCAUAUAUCUGGAAAUAUGAUUAGCGCCCCUGAUGUGGUGGCUUUUACCCGAGAGGCUGAAUAUGAGGAAGAGCCUUACAGUGAGCCGGCCCUGCCGGAGGAGUACUCGGUGCCGCUCUUUCCCUUUGCCAGCCAAGGAGCCAACCCGUGGUCCAAACUCUCCGGGGCCAAGUUCUCUCGGGACUUCAUCCUUAUUUCCGAAUUCUCCGAACAGGUGGGUCCCCAGCCCUUACUGACCAUCCCCAAUGACACCAAAGUCUUUGGUACUUUCGAUCUCAACUACUUCUCCUUGCGGAUUAUGUCUGUGGAUUACCAGGCCUCCUUUGUGGGCCAUCCCCCAGGUUCUGCCUACCCCAAGCUGAACUUCGUGGAGGACUCCAAGGUGGUGCUGGGAGACUCCAAGGAGGGUGCCUUUGCAUACGUGCAUCACCUUACCCUUUAUGACCUGGAGGCCCGGGGCUUUGUGAGGCCCUUUUGCAUGGCUUAUAUCUCGGCAGACCAACACAAAAUCAUGCAGCAGUUCCAGGAACUUUCGGCAGAAUUUUCCAAAGCUUCUGAGUGCCUGAAGACUGGCAACAGGAAGGCAUUCGCUGGGGAACUUGAAAAGAAACUGAAAGACCUGGACUAUACCAGGACUGUGCUCCACACUGAGACAGAGAUCCAAAAGAAAGCCAAUGACAAAGGCUUCUACUCAUCUCAGGCCAUUGAGAAAGCCAAUGAGUUGGCCAGUGUAGAGAAGUCUAUUAUUGAACAUCAAGACCUGUUGAAGCAGAUCCGAUCUUACCCUCACCGCAAGUUGAAGGAGGCUGACUUGUGUUCUGGAGAAUUGGAACAUACACAGGGGCAGGCCUGCCCAGCAGCCACUACCUCUACUCUGGAGGAGUCGGUGGACACAGACCUUUACAGUUGCAGGCCCGCAUACACCCCCAAACUCAUCAAAGCCAAGUCCACCAAGUGUUUUGACAAAAAGCUGAAGACCUUGGAAGAGCUCUGUGACACAGAGUACUUCACCCAGACUCUGACUCAGCUCAGCCACAUUGAGCACAUGUUCCGGGGAGACCUGUGCUACCUCCUGACCAGCCAGAUUGACAGAGCACUGCUAAAGCAGCAGCAGAUAACCAACUUCCUGUUUGAAGACUUUGUGGAGGUUGAUGACAGGGUGGUGGAGAAGCCAGAGCCCUCCCUUCCUAAGCCUAGUCAAGAUAGGCUGCUGUCCAGGUCACUGGAAGACUGUCCAAUUCCUCAGGUGUUCAUCAGUGUUGGCUCUUCUUACAAGUCCAGCGUGGAGUCAGUGCUGAUCAAGAUGGAGCAGGAGCUUGGAGAUGAGUACAAGGAGGCGGAGGUGACAGCGCUGAGUAGCUUUGACCCACAGGAUAACUUAGACUACUUGGACAUGGAGCUGAAAGGUAGCAUCAGCAGUGGUGAAAGCAUUGAGGUUCUUGGCACCGAGAAAUCUGCUCCUCUGCUGACUAAGUCGGACAGUCAGGGCAGCCUCACAGUACCACUGAGCCCCCAGGUGGUCCGGAGCAAAGCAGUCAGCCACAGGACCAUCAGUGAGGAUAGCAUUGAAGUCCUGAGUACCUGCCCCUCUGAGGCCCUCAUCCCUGAUGACUUUAAGGCCAGCUACCCAAGUGCCAUUAAUGAGGAAGAGGCCUAUGCUGAUGAUAGUGAGGGAGCCAUCCACUUCCAGGCUGGUGUCAGUCCACAGAAGCUGGACAAGGCAAAGGAGGGCAGCCUGGAGAACCUCUUACCCCAAGCAGAUGCCUCCUGCUGCAUUGGGAAGGAGAGCCACCUCCUGCAGGUCCCACUCCCUGCUGCAGCCCCCUCACUUUGUGAUGAGGACAGUGUGGUGAGCAUUCCCCCGCAACGCUACCAGCAAAAGGAGCUGGGCUUCCAUGUAGACUUCACAGCAGAAAUCGUCAGCUCUUCUCCACAAGACAGUGGUUCUGAAGGUCUCACUGCAUAUGAGCUGGACCCCAGCCACCUGCUGGCUAGCCGGGAUGCCAGUAAGACCAGCCUGGAUAACUACUCUGAUACCACCAGCUACGUGGGCAGCGUAGCAUCCACUAGUUCUGACAGGACUGCCUGCUCUGCACCUCCCACCAGCUCCUCCGACAGGCAUAGGAAGAGAGCUGGCCAGAAUGCCUUAAAAUUCAUCCGCCAGUACCCUUUUGCCCACCCAGCCAUCUACUCCCUGCUCAGCGGGAGGACACUGGUGGUCCUGGGGGAGGAGGAGGCCAUUGUCAGGAAGCUUGUAUCGGCGCUGUCCAUCUUUGUGCCCAAUCACAGCCGCUCAGGCAAACCUGUGAAGCACUGGGUCUCCUGCCCUCUGCACAUCACAGAUUUUCAGAAGUGGAAGCUUAUCGGCCUGCAGAGGGUGGCCUCCCCGGCUGGCACUGGCACCCUGCACGCUCUGAGCCGCUACAGCCGCUAUACGAGCAUCCUAGACCUGGACAACAAGACACUGCGCUGCCCCCUGUACCGGGGUGCCCUUGUAUCUCGCCUGGCUGACCACCGAACCCAGAUCAAGCGGGGCAGCACCUACUACCUGCACGUACGGAGCAUGCUCACCCAGCUGUGCGCCAAGGCCUUCCUGUACACCUUCUGCCACCACCUGCACCUGCCUGCUUGUGACCAGGAGCCAGAGGGCCUGCUGGCUGGCCGCCAGGGAAGCUUCCUGCGGCUUAGCCUGGGCUUGGUAAAUGAGGACCUCAAGGUGGUACAGUACCUGGCAGAGCUGCUAAAGCUGCACUACACACAGGAGAUCCCGGCCACUGGCCAACCCACACUCAGGUUCGACUACGUCCCCAGCUUUUUGUACAAAAUCUGAGGUCAGUCCAAGCCACUGUGACCAAGGCCUGUGACUCAGGGUAUGGGGUGGAGGGCGUGCAUGACCUUGCUGGCGGCAGUGCAGAGGUGUCAGCUGUGGAUACAGGUGGCUACAGGCAGCGUGUGUGUUGGGGGAGGGGGUGGGUGGGAAGAACCUGGGCACUAAGCUCUCUGGUGAGGGGUGGUGCUGGGGCUCGAAGGAAUGGUGCCCAGGCAGAAGAAAGAUGGCCUGGUCUGGGUAGUAGCACACUCCAGCAAGCAGCCAGGGAGGAGGGUGAUUGAAUGGAGAGCGGUGACAGAGCAUCCAUUGCCUCAUCUCACCCCUGUAGGGGCCCUGUGCUCACGCUCAGGAGUCCAUCUUCCCAGCCCUUGAUAUUAUGGGGGGGGGGGGGGGGGAGAAAGCUCCACCCAGCUGGGUGGUGGGAAGAGCCUAUGGGCCCCAGAUCUCAGGCUGAUGCUCAGGCCACACCCCAGGCCUGUCAGCCAUAGCCAACCUUCACAACCAUGUCACUACCUCUCACAGGGCCUGGUGGGAGCCUGGCUGGGGAGAACAGGGCAGGGCUGCUCCAGGAAGAAGGCAGCCUGUGGGACCUUUUAUGGCACUGCCUCAGGAGCCUGUGAAGGUCUCUCACCCCAAGCCUGUGAGUCCUCAUCAUGGCUUACUCUCCACUCAUGUAACACUCUGUGGUGACUCCUGACAGUCACCUGUGGCAUGUCAGUGGAGGGUUUCUGGCAGCCUCAAUUUUUUGUUUUUGUUUCAAGCUGUUUUUCCCAAGUACAGAGAACUCUUAUUAGUACUGCUGUUGGAUUUGUUUCAAGAAAAUUGAGGAAACAGUCCUGAACCAUCCACCUAGUUGGGGAGCAUCUGUGGCCCUGUUCUUAGCAGAACCUGCUGUGGAGGCUCAGCCUCUCACCAGCCUACACAAACAGGGACACAGGUGAGGAGCAGGACCCAUCCCAUCAUCCUGUGCUCCCAUCCUCCAAGUCAUCUGUGGCUUGCUGACUCCUGGCUGGCAGCUUCCUGUCAGGACUUAUUCCUGUCAGGGUAUUCAGGUGUGCUGGGGCCACAGCAAGAGCCUUUAGUGGCAGACCAUGCUGCCUCCACAUUCUCACUUCUCUGAUGUUGUGCCCAGUGCUACAUUUGCACAUCACUACAUCACCAGGAUCAUCUCAGCAGCAUCUCCCUGUGAAGGGUGUGUUUGCACGUAGAGACUGUAGGAAGCCUCUUGAUUUCUGUAGGCACCCCUCAUCCAUCACCACCCUCUCCUAUUCUUGCUUUUUCUCACUGGAUUGUCUACUUGGGCUUCAGGGAUAUGACCUCAAGACAUUUUAUCUUCAAAGGAAGAAAGAUCUGGAAUAUAUGCGACAAGGUAAGGAGUAGGCACUGGCACCACUGCUGUUCUGAUCCUGUUUCAUACCAUCGUGAACUUGUUAGCACUGUUCUCACCUGGAGCAUUGAUGCAAGCAAGUCAGUCAUCCAUACUUGGCUUCUAGAACCUAGAGCCAUGUACUAGUGGUCAGCUGGCCUGGAGCUCAAGGAUGGUUCAGAAGGCCUGGGGACUGGUGGGGUGGGGACAGAAUGGUUGUCUUGAGGGCCAUGGUAUACAGAAGGAGCAGUUAUUGUUGAGAAGUAGAAUUGGUGUCACUGACUAGAGCUUAAACUCCAGGCUUUAAAGCCAUGCUUCUUCUGAAGACUGCUUGAUGCUGCUUGUGCUUCUUCUCAAAGGAAUCUGAAAAUGGCACUGUCACUCAUGGGUGUGUGGGGGGGGGUAUGGGAAUUUGAAGAUGUUUCACCUCUCCUGGUGAAGAAGUCUUCUCUAGAAGUCUUGUAUAUCUUUGGUGUUGAGACUUGUACAAUGGGACUAGCCUCUUCAAACAUUUAAGGUUUUCCUGUGGUUGAUACACAUUCAUAAAGCAUUUAAAAACCUACCAGAAAACAGAGGCCCUCUGUUGCCCGAGUCAUUCAGUCCUAGCUAGAAUUUUGAAGGCCCUUUAUUUCAGGAGAAUAAAAUUUAGUUCAGGUCUGCUCUGGACCCAUUAACCCCUCCCCUUUUAAAAACAGCCCCAGUUAAGAAAUGAUUGGACCAUCAGUCCAGAAGCUUUAGGGUGGAGCUCAGCCAGAGCCUUUGUAAAGCCUUGGAUGUCAGCUGAUCAAAGCUCCUAGUUCCCCCAGGGUCCUCACCCCUUCAGUAGAAUCUUUGGGUUUAGAAAGCCAGAUGUCCCAGAAUUUCAGUGGCCACAUUACACACAUCUAAAUUUUGAAAACAGACUACAAGAACUCACUUCUCAUUGUUUACCCAGGGCUUAAGACCUAUUUCAGAUCAGUUGCUAUAUUCCAAGUAUAUAUGGUUUCAGCCCCCCAAAUCAGUAGAAUCCAUGUCAUGGUGUUCAGCAGGCCUGCUGCCCCCA